CAGCCCCGCCUCUUCCUCCCUUCUCCCGGAAGUGGAGGCGUGGGGUCGCACAAAGGUCACGGAGCGAUGGCUGCCCUCGUGCUGCACGCGGCGAGACGCGGCUCACUGCGAGCCUUCACCACCGCGUCUGGGUGCGUGCGUGCGGCCGCCGCCGCCGUGGGGGGCCCCCCUGUGGAUGGGGACGUGGGGGGUGGUGGCCCCCCUGUGGAUGGGGACGUGGGGGGGGGCCCUGCUACAGCGGCGGGGCCGGGAGGGUUCCAGGCUCCACGGAGGCCGGUGCUCGUCGACCCAGAGCAGAGCAGAGACGCCCAGGAGACGAGACUCAGCCCUGAGUUCAUCCGCCCUCCGAGCCGCACGAACCCCCUGCUGUUCCACCUCCAGCGCAGAGACAUGGAGAGACGCAGACGCGUCCUGGCUAUCCCUGACUUCUAUCCCGGCAGCGUGCUUGCCGUGACGUUGUCCGACGUGCUGUCUCCUGGGCGUGUCCGCCGCUUUGUGGGGAUUUGUCUCAAACGCUCCGGCAGUGGCCUGGGGGCCACGGCCACCCUGCGGAAUGUCAUCGAAGGACAGGGCGUGGAGUUGGUGGUGGAGUUGUACAAUCCGCGCGUGCACCUGAUCGAGGUCCUGCGCCUGGAACAACGUUUGGACGACGAUCUGAGCUACUUGCGUGACGCCCUCCCCAGCUACAGCUGCUUCCCGGACUCGGGGGGAGGGGGGGCGGCCCCCACACCCACGCCCAGCGGCAACGCAGUCCCCGUGAACACGACCGUGGUGGAGAUGCUCCCCCGUCCGUGGUCUCGACGCUGGGGCUCGGAGCUGCGGGGGGCCUCCCUCCCCGCCCCCCCCCACCGCCCCCCGCGGGCACGGCGGUGGUGAGCGGCGCGGUGAGCGGCGCGGUGAGCGGCGCGGUGAGCGGCGCGGUGAGCGGCGUGGUGAGCGGCGCGGUGAGCGGCGCGGUGAGCGGCCACCGUGGGUGGCCAUGGACCUGAAGGCUGCCCGGCACUCCCAGGCCCAGCGGGAGACAGCGGCACGCUCCGACCUCGCCAAGAUUCACGCCGAGAUGGAGCGGAGAGGGGAGGGGGACGCUGGGCGGGGCUCUCGCGUGGAGUGACACACACACAGUGACACACACACACACAGUGACACACACACACACAGUGACACACACACACAGUGACACA